UCUAAUUUAAUUGCUGCAAAAGCACAUAAACAUCUGGCAAAAGUUGCUAUUACUAAAGUUUUAUAUAUUAAUACUCAAGAACAUUUUGAUGGAAAUUAUUGCCUUGCAUCUGUUAUAUAUAUAAAGCAAUUUGCUUCUAUGUUCACUGAUAUAUCUGUUAUUAUUUUUCAAAAUAACAAAAAAAAGUAG